GUGCAGGGUACAGCUCGAGGUUGAGGGGCAGAGAGAGGAAAGAAUUUCUCCCGAUCCCGCCAUACUUCUACCACUAUUCCACCAUAACCACCACCAAAUUCAUUCAAAUUGAUACCAUUUCUACAGUGCGCGAAAAUCGCCGGGGUUGGACGCAGUCAAGGUUUCCACUUCUCUACCGGACUUUAUCUGACUACAGCAUUAGUACACCAUUACCUGAACUUUGCGCCUUUUUGUUUUUUUGGAUAUUGUUUUGAAUUCUAAAAUUGCUUUUUUACUUACAGCUCGUUAACGUCUACAAGUGAUUCUGUAGCGCAGCCUCCUUUGCAGCCUAUCAUUUGUAGUAAUAUCACCGUUUCGCAGAAGUUUUUUUGUUUGUUUGUUUUGAUUUCUUAUUUUCACUGGAGAGCCUCAUACUGUCAACAUGAACAAGCUUUAUAUUGGAAAUCUGAAUGAAAACGUGACUGCAGAGGAUUUGGUCAAAACCUUUGAUGACUACAAGAUCCCAUACUCCGGACAGUUUCUUAUGAAAACUGGCUACGCGUUUGUUGAUUGUCCGGACGAUCAAUGGGCUAUGAAAGCCAUUGAAACAUUUUCUGGUAAAGUGGAACUCCAUGGCAAACGCAUUGAGGUCGAGCACUCUGUCCCCAAGAAGCAAAGGACCAGGAAACUCCAAAUCCGAAACAUUCCACCACACUUACAGUGGGAGGUGCUGGAUGGUCUGUUGGCUCAGUACGGGACUGUGGAGAACUGUGAACAAGUGAACACAGAAAGUGAGACUGCUGUGGUAAACGUCACAUAUGCCACCCGGGAACAAGCCAGACAAGCCAUCCAGAAGCUGAACGGAUACCAGUUUGAGAACAACGCCCUGCGCGUCUCCUACAUCCCAGACGAGAACUCCGAGGUGGACGGGCAGCGGGGCCCGGAUAAUGGCCGUCGCGGAUAUGGUCCCCGCGGGGGCCCCCGCCAGGGCUCCCCGAGCUCCGGGAUGCCCAUGAAGCACCAGCACACCGACAUCCCCCUGCGCCUGCUCGUGCCCACCCAGUACGUGGGCGCCAUCAUCGGCAAGGAGGGUGCCACCAUCCGCAACAUCACCAAGCAGACACAGAGCAAGAUUGAUGUGCACCGUAAGGAGAACGCGGGUGCAGCUGAGAAGCCCAUCAGCAUCCACUCCACCCCUGAGGGCUGCUCCGCCGCCUGCCGCAUGAUCCUGGACAUCAUGCACAAGGAAGCCCAGGACACCAAGACUGCCGAUGAGGUGCCUUUGAAGAUCCUGGCUCACAACAACUUUGUGGGUCGUCUGAUCGGCAAGGAGGGCCGCAACCUGAAGAAGGUGGAACAGGACACAGACACCAAGAUCACCAUCUCACCUCUGCAGGACCUGACUCUGUAUAAUCCCGAGAGGACCAUCACAGUGAAGGGCGCCAUCGAGGCCUGCUGCCUGGCCGAGACCGAGAUCAUGAAGAAGGUCCGUGAGGCAUACGACAACGACAUCGCCGCCAUGAAUCAACAGACUCAUCUGAUUCCUGGGCUGAAUCUGGGAGCGCUCGGUCUCUUCCCUCCCUCCUCUGCCAUGGCCCCACCCCCUCCGGGAAACCCGUCCGCUGGCGCCCCCUACGGAUCCUUCGGGGCGCCGGAGCAGGAGACGGUGCACGUGUACAUCCCAGCCCAGGCAGUGGGGGCCAUCAUCGGCAAGAAGGGCCAACACAUCAAGCAGCUCAGCCGCUUCGCUGGGGCCUCCAUCAAGAUUGCACCAGCAGAGACGCCCGACUCGAAGAUGCGCAUGGUCAUCGUUACUGGGCCACCAGAGGCCCAGUUCAAGGCUCAGGGCAGGAUCUACGGUAAGCUGAAGGAGGAGAACUUCUUUGGGCCCAAAGAGGAAGUGAAGCUGGAGACCCACAUCAAGGUGGCGGCCGCAGCGGCAGGCAGGGUCAUCGGCAAGGGCGGCAAGACGGUAAACGAGCUCCAGAACCUGACGGCUGCGGAGGUGGUGGUCCCUCGAGAGCAGACCCCAGAUGAGCAGGACCAGGUCAUCGUCAAGAUCAUCGGCCACUUCUACGCCAGCCAGCUGGCCCAGAGGAAGAUCAGGGACAUCCUUACGCAGGUGAAACAGCAGCAGAAGCCCCAGCAGCAGCAGCAGCAGCAGCAGCAGCAGCAGCAACAGCAGCAGCAACAGCAGCAGCAGGGGCCACAGCAGCAGGGGGCGCCACCGCAGCAGCCCAUGCCAGAGAUGGGCCUCGCUGGCCAGUGCCCCACACGGAGGAAGUGAGCGCCCCCCAGUGAGCGCCACUUCUCUUCGCCCGCCUCUCCGCCACGCCACGCCUCGCCCUGCCCCACCCCCCUUCCACCCCACCACCCCCAACCUCUCCCCCCU